AUGAGGACCGUAGAUAAGGGAAACGAAAACUGUGAUGAUUCCCAAAACCCGAUAGAUAUAGAAAAAGAAAAUCGAAAAAGAUACAAUAGAAACUAUUAUGCACGUAUUCUAGCUUCGAAUCCGUACGUUAUAACAUUUAAACGGCUUUCUGAUCUAGGACCGCUUGAUAAUUAUAGAGUGACUUUGAAUGCAUCGGUGGAACUUGACCGAAGGGUGUACAAUAAGUCGACCACAUCUGAGGUUGCUGGUAUUUGGGUUGAAGGAAAUGACAACAUCAUUGCAUAUAAAAGAAGUAUUAUUGUCUAUGGGAGGUCUAACUAUAGUACCGAAAUUCAACCUCACUUUGGUUGUUAUGAUCCUUUGUCGUAUCCUUUAUUCUUUCCCAAUGGUGAGUCUCGAUGGCAUCCUAAAAUACCAAGAUAUGGGGUUGCCAUGGAUGAGAUUCAUAGUGACAAUGAAGACAAUGAUGAAGGUUCAGAAGGAUCUACUUCAAAAAAAGACAGAAAUACUAUAAGUAUGCGGGAGUACUAUUAUUACAAGUUCCAUAUAUGGUCGAAUGAUAAUGUGAUUUUGAUGGGAGGGAGAUUGUUCCAGCAGUUUGCAGGCGUUGUUGAUUGCUUCAAUGCUGGUGAGGUUCAACCAAGUAGGGUUGGACAGAGAGUUGUGUUACCUGCAAGUUUCAUUGGAGGUCCAUGUGACAUGCGUCGAAGAUUUCUGGAUGCCAUGACUUUAGUUCAAGAUGAUGGGAGGCCUGAUAUAUUUCUUACCAUGACGUACAACCCAAAAUGGAAAGAAAUCGAUGAUGAGUUAUUGCCUGGACAGUCAGCUCAAGAUCGACCGGACCUUGUUGCAAGAGUUUUUCAUGCUAAGUUAGAGGAUCUCAAGGUACAGUUAUUCCAGAGACAUAUAAUUGGUGUGGUGGGGUCAUAUGUGUAUGUGAUAGAGUUUCAAAAGUGUGGAUUGCCACAUGCACAUUUCCUCUUAAUAAUGACACAUGGAUAUAAGAUGAAUAAUCCAGGCGAUUAUGACAAACUUGUGUGUGCGGAAAUUCCCGACCCAAUAAGAUAUUCUAGGCAAUUCAAUGAAAAGACAUCACAAGGAGAGGACUCAUAUCCAUUAUAUAGAAGGAGAAAUAAUGGAAUUGAGGUGACUAUAAGAAAUACAACAUUGGAUAACAAAUGGGUGGCUCCAUACAACCCAAAGUUGUUAAUGAUGUUUAAUUGUCAUAUCAACGUUGAGGUUUGUUCGAGUAUAAAGUCUGUGAAGUACCUCUUCAAAUAUGUUUAUAAGGGCCAUGACAAACAAGUUAUCCAUAUUGAUAAAGACCAAGAAAAUGUUGUUAUUAAUGAGAUACGAAAGUUUCAAGACGCACAUUAUGUGUCCCCUCCUGAGUUGGUUAGGUUCAAAGACGGUGACAGAAUGGAAGACAUUGUUGAUAGGGAGAAAGAAAAAAAUUCAAUGUUGACGGCAUUUUUCAAGAAGAAUAAAGAAGAUUCCAAUGCGAGAAAAUAUUUGUAUAAGGAUUUUCCCAAACAUUUUACAUGGAAUCGGAGCAACCAUUGUUGGAGGACCAGGGAACAUAAAUCAAUGAUUGGUCGACUUGUUUAUGCUAAUCUAGCUGAAGGAGAGAGAUACUACCUACGCUUGCUUUUAUGUCAUAUUACUGGGCCUACCCGCUUUGAAGAUUUGUAUACAGCCAAUGGUGUAUUACAUCCUACAUUUCGAAAAGCAGCUCUUGAAAGAGGUUUAAUAGAGACCGAUGAUAAUUUAUCACAGUGUCUUGUAGAGGCUUCCUUAUUUCAAUUUCCCAGCGCACUUAGAAGGUUAUUUACGACGAUGCUGAUUUUUUGUGAACCAAGAAAUGUUUGCAAGUUAUGGGACGACCACUAUGAUUCUCUUUCUGAAGAUUAUAGGAAAUAA